AUGGCAGAGAAAGAAAACAUCGAUCCAUUGUUUGAUCCUAACCCAUCCAAGAAGCGCAAGGUUUCUCUGUCUCUGAAAGGCAAAAGAAAGGAGAAAAGGUUUGGUAGUGUGUCCGAGGAGGCUUUAAGUUCUAUGGCGAAGACACAAAUGACAAAAAAUACCGAAAAGUCUAGCAAAUGGGCAAUGGCAAAUUUUGUAGAGUGGUUUCACGAGUACAACAAAAGGAACGAGGAUGCUACCUGCCCAGAAGAGGUAAUUACUCCCAGCUGUUCUAAGGACUUACUCAAUAAAUGGCUGUGUGUGUAUAUAAGCGAAACUCGAAAUAAGUCCGGUGAGCUAUAUCCACCUAGUACAAUCCAGUCACUUCUCUCUGGAAUACUCCGUUAUAUGAGGCAAGAAAACCCAAGUUAUCCUAACUUCUUCAGCAAAGAUGAUCCUGCAUUUUCUACAUUUCAAGCUACACUUAAUAAUGUCUUUAAGAGCCUCCGCAGUGGUGGCAUUGGUGCUGAAGCAUCUCACACUGAAACUAUUACUUCUGAAGAGGAAGACACACUUUGGGAAACAGGUGUUUUAAAUAUCGACUCUCCUAAAGGUUUACUUCGUUGUGUAUUUUAUUAUAAUGGGAAGUGCUUUUGUCUUCGUGGGGGGCAAGAACACAGGGAGUUAGGAGUAAGCCAAUUGAAGCGUUUGUAUAAUCCCGAUUGUUAUAUUUACUCGGAGAGAUCGUCAAAGAAUCGACCUGGGGGAACAGCUCAAAUUAGGCUUGAACAUAAAACUGUUCCAAUUGUUGCUAAUCAUGCUGCAGGGAUUUGUUGCCAUGUCUUUUUAUUGGAUAUGUACCUUAAGAAACUCCCCCCUAUUGCCAUAGAGAAAGAUUAUUUUUACUGCAAGCCAUCACCAGUUGCUUCAGAGGAUAAGCCCCAGGGCCAUAGCCAGGAACUUAAAAUAGGGGUUGGAAAAAACACAUUAGGAAACAUGGUAAAGGACAUGGCUACAGAGGCAGGAUUAUCUGGAAAGAAAACAAAUCACUCGUUACGAGUUGCAGGAGCUACGUCAUUAUACAGAGCUGGAGUACCUGAACGAAUAAUACAGGAAAGGACAGGACACCGUAGUUUACAGUCAUUGAGGCAGUAUGAGCGUACAUCGGUUGAUCAGGAAAUGGCUGUAUCUCGUAUACUAAGUGGAGAAGCUGACAGGUACAAUCCAAAGCCAGAACCUAUAUCAACAUGUGCUGUGACCGAAGCUACAUGUAGUACUUCUAUUAAGAUAGAAGAGAAUCCUUCUCCUAAAGCUUCCAAACAACCAAUGGUACAGUACAACAAUUGUACUGUGAAUGUUUUUGGUGGUGGAAAAGCUCAGGCAAGUCCAGCUCCAUAUCCACAGUAUUUGCCUCCACCCUCAUCAUUGAUGGAUCAAUGGAUCAAUGAAGGAUAUCAGGAUUUUGCAGACUACACUUAUUAG